UGUUCAGCCAUAUCGAUAAAUGCUUAAAUUGCAAACAAAGCGGGUCUGCUGCGUGAGGUUUAUGUAGAUUUUCUCAGAUAUUGCAUACCGUAAUAAAUUGCGUGGUGUAGUUUGUUGCAUGUGUUAAACUUGAGAGGUAUAGUUGUGUUGUUGAUGCUGUCGCAAGUACUGAUAUUCGAUUAUGAAAACAGUUUGUAAAUUUCAACUUUAGGCAUUCAGGACUAUGAAAAUGUAGGAACAUACAUAAAUAAGCAUUCUUACAUUACAUCGUUGUGUGCAAGCUGAUGUAAGGUGCUUGGAGAAGGUACAUAGACCUGUAGGAGUUGACAGUUUCGGGACUAGUAGUACCUUGUGACAUAAACUUCUAAAGAGAGCUGUCCAGUCCAGUGUGGGUCCUCUCAGCCAGUGGAUACUUCACUUCUUCUGAAAAAUAACAGAUUCAGUUUUAUAUAUUGACUGUGUUACCUUUCAGAAAAAAGGGAGGGAAGUGCACGCUAUUGGAUUUCUGAUGCUGAAAUUUUUCUUCGGCCUGGGAUUUCUAACAGUUUCUGAACAGUACAAGAGGAAUUGGAUAUCGAACUUGGCAUUUUGUGGAUUCCUAAACAUGUGUUAGAACACUCUAAGAUGAACAGCAGUGUAAGGAGCUCUCAUCAAGACAACUGGAUCUACUUGUACAAGUGAUCGGCUGCUAGCAGGGGAGUCCAUCACCAUCGUCAUGGAGUCAGACGAGAAAGUGACAGGUGAUCCCGGCGUGGUGGGGCACAUCGACCCUCUCGGUGUCGAGAAUCAGGCGUUUAGUGAUGAUGUAGCAAAGGUGGACUCUGAUGGUAGUCCUGAAAGUUCUGAUCAGAAUAUGAAUCGGAAUAAGAGUGAGAAAAUCCUUGAUUCGGAUGACGUUUUAAGGACUAAAGAACCGGCAACGUUACAGGUAGAUGUAGCAGAGCGGCCGGCUACGCUGCCAAUGGACGUGAGGUCGAGUUAUGUCGGGAAUAGUGAUCUGGACUCUAUGAAAUAUAAAGAUGGGAUGGCCAUGUCACCGUCGUAUUACAUGUUGACACCAGACGAGUUGUCACUUGAUGGCUCAGAGUCGCCAAGAUCAGAUCAUUCUGGGGCCACCUUUCACCCACCACCAUCAGGGCAGUUCACAUUUGAUGGUGAUUUGUGGAAAAAAGAUGGUGGUGAGCGGAGUAAUGACCCGUUGACUCUGGUGGAGGAAAAACAUGGUAUAGCAGGUCGUGGUGGAAACGCAACUGAUGAGGCGCCCUCUGGGGGUAACGCACAAUCGAGUGAAUUGACUGCUGUAAGUCCAAACACGGGUCAUCCAUUAGCCAUAUAUAAACAAUCUGUUGAAGUUGAGAUUAACCACGUCGGAUCUGAAACUGCUGAGGACAAGUCUCCACGACGACGAGUCAUUAAAGUUGAUAGUAAAGACUGCCAUUUUGGUGCACACGACACGUCCCGGGAUAGUAGUCUUGACUAUUCUUUAGAUAUCGCCGAUCCUGUAGAGAAUGGCAACAUGGUAAAUGGUGCUGCAUGUAUACGCAUCGGUGACGAUAUCUUAGAAAGUUCAACAGAUCCUGAUGUUCCUCGGACAACCUCAUUUCAGGAUGUAAACUUGACGUUAGAUCGUGAGCGUCCGUCCGUUAGUUAUCGCUCCAAUAGUAACUCGAUGAACCAAGAUUAUUACCAGACGGAUGUCGUCAUGCUAGAGGAGAUUAUUCCACGCGUUUUCAACCCAGCAGGUCUGAAAAGUGCUCAACAUGUGGCUACGGUGAUACCAACUGAAUGUCACGGAUGGACGGGGGCCAAUAUCAACCCUGAAACCAUGCCACUGCAGCUUAUACAACUAGAGGUUUCCAAAGAUGACUACACGACCGCCUUAACGAUGCUGGGAAAAGACGUCAAAAUCGCAUAUCAUACGUUUUUCUACAACAAAUGGUUGCAAAUUGGCUUGUUUUCCUGUGUGUUCAUCACGUUAUGGAUGCUAGGCUUCCUGCUGUGGCACACCGGUGGGCUUCCAGAUCGUAUUGGCAUCGGACUCUUCUUCAUCCUGGCAUGGAUGUUUAUGGUCAUUGGACUGGUCUUGUGUCGCAUCGCACGCAAUAAGAUGAAUAAGAAGACCGAGACGACGCUCGCCCAGGUCAAUGAAAUCUUGCUCAAACAUAACGUGUUGAUGGGUGUGGAAGACAAGGGCGCCAUGUCAUGCAAUAAGGUGAUUCUGCAUUUCAUCUACUUUGAAGAAGGCCCAUGCAUGGAACGUCUCAUGGAUGAUAUCGCAAAAGGUUUGCAGAAAAAUCGAAAACUUCCAAAAAUGGUGAAGAAGCAGCGAAAAGAUGUGAGUCCUGAAGUUGAUAUUGACGAGAGUGAUCUGAUCAUAGAUGAACAGGAAUCAACAGAGGGGCAUCGACAGAUUUUAGCCAAACGACUUUUGCUCAAGUACAGCGGGAUGUAUGUCAAGCGUCUGAUGACGGAACGCCUUCCACGUCCAGCUGAACGCCGCCAUACUGGCAACAUCCCAUGUCUGUGUCAGUUCAUCGAGCGCCAUUACUUCAAGAUCUACGAAGUCUUAGUGAUGAUCUGACAAACCGAGACGUCACGGCUGAUUUAAACCAACACUCAAAAAGGUGUGCAGAAACAAGUAUUGAAUAUCCAAAUCAAAAUUAAAUUUGGUUUUUAAGAAAUUUUCUCUGAAUUAGCUUUUCCUCAAAAUCACAACUGAGUGAAUUUCUGCUACAAAUCUGAAUUGGUUGGUUAGGUCUAAAACUCUAAUAAAAAUGACACAAGGAGGAAUCUAAUCCCCAUAAAGAUGAAUGGACACUCAGCUGGGCCAACAACACUUUUGCUCAAUUAUUGUUGUUUUCUUUUGAUCCCAAUGGUCAAGGUGGCCAAGGACUGACAUGAGGGGCUGAUUGCAGCUGUGGGAUGUGAUUUAAUAAUCAUAGCCGCAGCGUAGUUACCAAUGCACAACAACUCCUGUAUGUUAUCACUAUCAAUCUUGAGGUGCACCGUUUUCAUUUUACACAUCACAAUCCUAUGUUUAUUGAGCUCCAUGAUAUAACACUGCUGUGACUUUCUGGGUUAAGGCUUGCUCCAGUUGUUUCUUCUAAAGCUUUUGCAUUAACACACCCCAACAUCAAUUCUGGUUAUGGUCUAUCGAUUUACGAGGAACUGACUGCCAUCCCUGAUACAUACUUUCUCCUCCUGUGUUCUUUGUAAAAGAGAGGAAUACAGGAAGGAGUAUAUACUGUGGAUACAUGUUUAAAUUGUCCCUAUGACUGACUUUAACAUGCAAUGAUAGUACAUCAAUAGUCGGUAGACGAGUAUGCUUCAUUGAUGGCCGUCAGCUCUCACUUGAACUUGUCCUUUAACCUUGAUAUCAACCAACACCACGCUAACUCACUCUGCUCUUAGGCUCAUCACUGACACACUGGUCUCACUUUGGUUUCGGCAAACAAUUCCACUCGACACUUGCUUUCUGCACAGAGACUCUGAGGUUUAAAACAGUCAUGACGUCUGAAGCUCUCUUCAACUCAUGCCAAGUUUGCCUGAAGCACCGGUGCUCUAAACUUAUAUGAAACGUCGGCAGUUUCCUUCGAAUUGGCUGACACUGGCAACAAUUCAGUCAGCCCAAGUCACUUAUCAACUUUAGAACACUUCCAUGUGAAACUGUAUCACUGCACAAGUGACUCAGGCAUACUUAGUGUGUGUAUAGAGGUCGUACGGUGAUAUCAUAGGCACGUCAAUCUCUGUCUUUGACACUGCUCAUGCCGCCAACUACUUAUUUCACAAGCUACUGCCCUGUUCAAAAUGACAUUUUCCUUUGUUUUUAACCAGAUUAAACAAAAAGUUUGAAACGUGUGGAUAUUUUGGUUGACCAUUGGUGUGUUGGUGGCAAUGUGCGACAUGGGGGGGUCAACGACUAGAUUUGAUAUGAUGAAAAUUUGUGUAUUUUCUGUUGUGAUGUCAUCUGCUCGGCCUCUGUCACGUAUGUUUGAGAAAUCAAGCUGCCGUGCUGGAGAUAUUAUGAGAUUUCUUUUUGUGUAGACUUGAUGUUGUCAUAUUGUCAGGCAUUUGCUCGUAGAAAAUCAAGAUAUGACCAUGACAAACGAUGCUACCUUGAUCACAGCUAACUGGACCAUGUGGCUGUGGUCACGACUAACUGGACCAUGUGGCUGUGGUCACGACUAACUGGACCAUGUGGCUGUGGUCACGACUAACUGGACCAUGUGGCUGUGGUCACGACUAACUGGACCAUGUGGCUGUGGUCACGACUAACUGGACCAUGUGGCUGUGAUCACGACAAACUGGACCAUGUGGCUGUGGUCACGACUAACUGGACCAUGUGGCUGUGAUCACGACUAACUGGACCAUGUGGCUGUGAUCACGACAAACUGGACCAAGUGGCUGUGAUCACGACUAACUGGACCAUGUGGCUGUGGUCACGACUAACUGGACCAUGUGGCUGUGAUCACGACUAACUGGACCAAGUGGCUGUGGUCACGACUAACUGGACCAUGUGGCUGUGAUCACGACUAACUGGACCAUGUGGCUGUGGUCACGACUAGGACCAUGUGGCUGUGAUCACGACUAACAGGACUAUGUGGUUGUGGUAACGACAAACUGGACCAUGUGGCUGUGGUCACGACUAACUGGACCAUGUGGCUGUGAUCACGACUAACAGGACUAUGUGGUUGUGGUAACGACAAACUGGACCAUGUGGCUGUGGUCACGACAAACUGGACCAUGUGGCUGUGGUCACGCCUGACUGGACCAUGUGGCUGUGGUCACGACUAACAGGACUAUGUGGUUGUGGUCACGACAAACUGGACCAUGUGGCUGUGGUCACGACUAACUGGACCAUGUGGCUGUGAUCACGACUAACUGGACCAUGUGGCUGUGAUCACGACUAACUGGACCAUGUGGCUGUGGUCACGACUAACUGGACCAUGUGGUUGUGAUCACGACUAACUGGACCAUGUGGCUGUGAUCACGACUAACAGGACCAUGUGGCUGUGAUCACGACUAACUGGGACCAUGUGGCUUUGGUCACGACUAACAUGACCAUGUGGCUGUGAUCACGACUAACUGGACCAUGUGGCUGUGGUCACGACUAACUGGACCAUGUGGCUGUGAUCACGACUAACUGGGACCAUGUGGCUUUGGUCACGACUAACAUGACCAUGUGGUUGUGAUCACGACUAACUGGACCAUGUGGCUGUGGUCACGACUAACUGGACCAUGUGGCUGUGGUCAUCAUGAAAUACAGUGCUUCACUGAAUACUAUACCAAGCUAGACAGUCAUAUGUAUCAGAUGCGAUUCCUGUCAACACAUCUUCCGAUCCAGACUUGAACCAAUCCUUUUUUCCUUUCGGACCAUAGAAUAGCUUACAGUCUGCUUUAAGCUACACCAGUCACGGAAUCAACACAGGAAGUGGAAUUGGUGAGUUUGAGAGCAAUAAUACUACAAGCACCAUGCAAUUGGCACCAAUUUUGCAACAACACUUAAUGCACACGGGCUGAAGGCAUUGUAGAAAUAGAACGUAGGAGUUUUGCUUGUGUGGUAGUAAUACUUGUCCCAUGGGGAAGUCGAUCGAGCCUCUUGUUCAACGGUUGUAUAGGAAUCGCAGAUAUAGAGGUCAUGCUUGUAGUAACCGAGUGGUUUAGCGUGACUAGAAAUACUGAACACCGAACGCGGGUUUGACCAACAACAACUUUAUCAAGCAUGUGCAGAGCAUGAUGUAACGGGGAAUAAUGGUAGAUGGUAGCAGUGCAUACAGAAAUGCCACAAUGCUCACCCUGGCCCUUCUUCCAAUACUAGGUAGCGGUCAGCCGCAGGCGCAUGUUGGCUGAUAAAAGCUUGGUUGGAGAAUGAUAGAAUUUUAUGACAUGUAAGGUUGUGCAAGCUGGGUGUAUACGGUCCCUUGGUGUUCUUGGUAAGCAUCCUCUUGAAGGCGCUGAUAUUGUCAGCCAUCGCUGUAGCUUCUGGCCCUAAGUACACUAGGACUAGAUAUUGGACAUGAACCCAACAAGGACUUUGUCCAGGAUUUGAAAAGAUAUAUGAACAACCAUAACAAUGAGAGAUUUGACCAUGACCUAACUUAUUGCUAGAGUAACAAUAUUAUCCCCUAACUUGAACACCGACUGUGUUAUUUCUUGUCAUUACUGGGAUAGGAAUUACUCUAUUACAGAAGUGAAAAGUCUGGUGUUAUAAGACUGUGAUUAGGUUGUGUGACGAACUGUAUUAAAUCAUGCUUUAUAAAUGCAAACCUUGUUCUAAACAAGUACUGUUGUGUUAUAUAUUCUAAAGAUAUGCUCACAUUAUUUCAUGCCGAGAUCUUUGUGGUUUUUAUUUUGGGUAAUUUGUCGGCUAUUCUGCCAUGACAUUCCCAUGUAAUGUUUUGUUUAUUUAUUUAUGUUAUACAUUUGUCGAAUCUCAAACGAUAAAAACUCACUCCUUAGGAAUCUCUGUAAUUCAUGCCUGUUAUGUAGCCUUGUCUAGAGAUAUUAUCAGGGUUUUUGUUGAUGCUAUGUUUUCCACUCUACACUGGACACUGUACUCCACUCACAUUCCACUCCACACUGGACACCGUACUCCACUCACAUUCCACUCCACACUGGACACCGUACUCCACUCACAUUCUACCCCACACUGGACACCGUACUCCACUCACAUUCCACUCCACGCUGGACACCGUACUCCACUCACAUUCCACUCCACACUGGACACCGUACUCCACUCACAUUCCACUCCACACUGGACACCGUACUCCACUCACAUUCCACUCCACACUGGACACCGUACUCCACUCACAUUCCACUCCACGCUGGACACCGUACUCCACUCCACACUGGACACCAUAUUCCACUCGCAUUCCACUUUUACGCUGGGCACCACAUGAUGCCACAUGAAGUGUAAUAUCACUGGAUCUCUUUAGCCUACCAUCAUUUAUUUGCAGAUAUGACUGACUAACAUAUCAUGAAUGUUCAACUUGUCUCAUUUGCCUAAUUUUAUCAGGUACUGUUGUUAUGGUGUUGUACAUAUUUCCUACCGGAUUUUAUGGACAGAUUGAUGAUGAUAAUAAGAGAAAAUGUAAAUAAAACAUGUACAUGUAAUAUAAUAAAUGAUGUAAUCUAUGCAUUGGUAAA